AUAAACGCCAAGUAGGUUUUCUCCUCCGACCACCGUCGCGUUCCUGUCUAAGACUAAAGCAAUAGAGGAGAGGUGGUGACACGGUGAAGAGACUACGCACAAAAAUUCAUGCGAAAUCUGGUGGUUUUCUGUGUGGACCUAAGGCGAUUUCUGCUCUACAGUCUCCAAGGCACUGAAUCCCAUGUGGCUGCUGGAGAAGAUACGUGGCUCGGUGGAGAGCCGGCAGUUGCAGUCAGCUGCUGAGCGGCAGGAGAAGCCGGCAACACCGUACAGCAAUGUGCUGACGCCGGACAAGAUCCCGGACUUCUUCAUCCCACCCAAGCUGGUGUGCUGCCCACCCGAGGCCGAGACCCCUGAGCCGCAGCCGCGCAAUCCCGGGCUGCGGCCCUCCAUCUCGGAGCAGGUCAUCUGCAGCAAGACGCCCAAGGGGAGCCCGCGGAGCCCGCGCCUCCUCAACCGGCUCGCUGGAGACACCAAGAACCUCCUGAAGGCAGCCAACCGCCACAUCAUUCAGGUGGAGAGCGCUGACGAGCUGGCGUCGACCGACAAUGGUGACCUGACCACUAACGCGGACCCCCAUUCCCAGACGGCCAUGUCUCUGCCCUACGUGCCCAAGGCCCAGACCUCCUAUGGCUUCACCACGCUGAUGGAGAGCCCGCACACGCGGCGCAAGGAGUCACUCUUCCACAGCGACCCCACCAGCCCGCUCACAUCGCCCAACACGCAGCGGCGCUCCACGGGCCAGGGCGCCACGCACCUCAACCCCAGCGACUGCGGCGGGCCGGGCGGCCACGGCCACAACCCGUACCGCUACUUCAGCGGCGGCGAGAGCGACACUUGCUCGUCGGCCGACUCCUCGCCGUUCAACUCGCCGCUGCUCUCGCGCUCUGCCUCGCUCCUAAAGAUGUUCACGCAGGACGCCACAGCCAAGGUGGUGCGUGCCAAGCGCGCUGUCGCCCGCCACAGCUCGCUCUCCACUGACGAGUGCAGCUCCGUGGAGACCAGCCCAAACGUUCCGAGACGCUUCCGCUGCCCGCCCUCGCCUGCCUUCGGCGCCCGCAGGGCCGGUGGCGGGACCUCCGAGCGGCUGACCCAGCACACGGUCAACCUUCACAAGGGCGGCGCGCUGCGGCUCUGCACGGACUACGACGUGGAGGCGGCUCGUCUGCGGGUGCGUUUACUGGCGGCCGAGGACCUGUACGACCAGCACGUGGACGCCAAGAGCAUCAACUGCUGUGUGACACUCUACCUGCAACCGGGCAAGCUGCAGAAGCAGCGCAGCACCAUCAUCAAGAACAGCCGCAACCCAGUCUUCAACGAAGACUUCUUCUUCGAUGCACUGCCUGUCAGCCAGGUCAAGAGCCUGGCCAUCAAGAUGAAGGUGGUCAACAAGGGCACCAGCCUCAAGAGGGACGUCCUGCUGGGCGAGCGCACCGUUCCACUCAGGGAGCUGCUGGCCGGGCUCUAAGGGUUUUAAUCCUUUUCAUCUGAGCGCCGCAGCUGAACGGCCAGAUCAGAGAUCACAGCAGCAGCUUUUGUCUGAUGUCCAGGGGGAGAGCUGCAGGCUGCACAAAACGUGAGCCAUGUUUGUGGGCAACUAUAGAACUGUUGAUGGACAUGGAGCCUAUCUGGCUUUUCUGAUAACUUUGGAAACGGAGAAAGAGGGAGGGCCUGCAUCAUCAGAGGACGAGAACUUGGAGAAAGAAUGACCAUACUUUUAACUCCUCCACUCUCCUUUCUCUUUCACACAGUCUCUCUCUUCCUUUCUCUCUCUCUCUCUCUCUCUCUCUCUCUCUCUCCUUAUCUCUGAUCCCCUCUCUCCCACAUCUCUUUCUUCUUUCCACUCUGUAGCUCUUCCCCUCCCCUCUGCGCAUGAUUAUUGCUUCUGUGUUCCCUACAUCUCAUUCAGGGAAUCGCUGAAUGCAGAAAAAGGCAGCUGUUUCCCUGAACGGACUGAAAACCGUGUUUUUGAUGCAGUUUUUUGUGGGGAUAGAAAAAGAGGACUUUGAAGCCCCACAGUCCCUCAUGCAGAUGCGUGCUUCACUGGUUUCAGCAGCUAACUCGAGAAACGAAAAAAAUAAGCGGCACUUUAGUAUCACUGUGUAGCCAGAUUCUGCCGUCUCCAGCCCCUCUCCCCAACUCUCCUCCUCUCUUUGUAGCCUUCACAUUGUCACAUUCAGUUAAAAAUGAGUAUUUUGUCAAUCUUUUUGUGUAUUUAUAGACAAAGAAAUGUUAUAAUUGAUUCUAUUAUACUAUAUCAUAUUAUAUUAUAUUGUAUUAUAUUAUAUUAUAUUAGUCUGUAGCAAAAGUUUGUUAAAUUUUGUAUUCCUGUGUUUCUGUAAGCUGUAUGAAACACGUAAUGUAUCGACGUAAGUCUAGGCACAUUGACUGAUGGACUAAAAUGUUGUACUUAAUUAUAUGCACGUGUGUGUGGGCAUUAGAAUGCAUGUGUGUUUUUACACGUAUGUGUGUGUGUGCGUGUGUGUGUUGUUUGUGUGUGUUUAAUAGUAUGUGUUGGUUCACAAGGCUCAUGGUGAUUCUGCUGUACGUUGCCGUCACGUGGUCUUCUCGUUUUCUAAACAUCUUUGUGCUACAUCACUGGGUUCUAAUACCUUCUCUAUUAGAUCUCCAGCGAUAUUGGUUCAGCUGCACAUUUCCUGGCCUCACCUCUCACAAAGUUUGGAAGGAAUGUCAAUGUCAAACAAAUGAGAGUUCUGAAGCACAUUAAUUAAAAGCCCAAUGAUUUUGUUAUAUUUUCCUCAUUAAUUAGGCCUACCUCUGGCAGUAGGGCAGGUGAUUAUGUACAUCUACAUUAUCUUAGCUGGUGUAAGUUAUGGGCACAAACGUGGUAGUUAAUUUUGACAUUGUGAGUUGCUAGCAAAAGUCAAAGGGAAAACAAAGAUGUUUCCAUGUAGAACCAGGUUUCCCCCCUUUUUUUGUCAAGUAGCCAACUAUGUUGUGAUUGGUUCUUUGACGAAGCACAAAUUCCUAGCAUUGUGAUGGCAUUUGUUACCACAAAAAAUGACAGGUCUUCCUGUAGGCUAUGAUUCUAAGCUCAUACCAUUGUGAUAAAAUGCCGCCAAAUGUGACCUUUGUACAGUGUUCCUGCUGUUAUUCAGAUGAAUGAUUGCUUUAAUUAUGGAAUUCAAGAUAUUGUUACAGUGAAGAAUUACAGUUAAGCUUAAUGAUUCACUGUGCCCUGAUGACUUAAGCAUUUUCAUUCUGGAAAAAGGAAAUUGCUUUAAGUGCACAUUUAAUACCUGAAGAAGUCACUCAAUGGAUAUAAAAGAGGCUUCUUAAAAUGGAGUCACAUAGUUGCUCCCCUCCCACAUCACUGUUAAAUGCCUAAAGGGAUUGGGAAGGUAGCUUUUGUAUUAGUGCAGGCAACCCUCUGACUUUCAGUGAUAAACAUUCAACAGUGCCAGCAAGCAGAAGAGAUCUUUUCUCCUAGAGACAAGUAUGAUGAGAUACGUGUGUGUGUGUGUGUAUGUGUUUGGGUGGAGGGCAUGGGGUUUGUGGAGGUGGUAGUGUUAGGAGAUGGUGAUAAUGGUGAAUUAUUUUGGCCCUGUGCCAUUCGCUGCUCAGUCAGGGCUUGUGGGUGUUUCAGUGUGCAAUCAAUCCUUGCUCCCCCACUGACCCUGUGUGCACACACACUUCAGACUGGUCAGCAGCUUUCACUGCAGACAAGAUUAGAAACACAAUUAGAAAUGCUCUCUCUCUCUCUCACACACACACACACACACACACACACACACAGGAGUAGUGUGUGGUCAACCAGGGCUGUUGUUCAUGGUUUCCUGGUGCAUUGAUUAAGGCUCAUCCCGCUCCUAUUUAUAGUGCUUAUUUAAAAGAGACAAAGUGCAGGUAUUAAAUGCCCCUGAGGUGGCCAGCGAGGAGAGAGAGCAGAGAGCCCCUCUGCCCCAUCCCCUCCACCCUAAAAGCCCGCAAUUAGCACCAGCCUGGGGAGAGGGGGGUUGCCUGGCAAGAGAGAGAGAGAGUUGCAUUCAAAAAUGAAAGAUUGAAUUGGCUUCCUCGUUGGAUGUUACGGAAAAAGUCCUGUCUAUGGUCUCGGCUGCGGUGUAGGUUGUGGGUGGGUUAGGGUUGAGUAUGUUGUCUGGUACAGACUGAGGGCCAAGAGGAGCUCUGUGUUUGAAAGACAAAUGGAAACGGCUUCUUCACUGAAUGUGAGGGAAAAGACCAUGUCUAUUGUUUGGAGGUGGGGGUGUGGUGUGGUGUGGUGUGGUGUGGUUGAGUAUGUGGAAGGGGCAACUCCCUGUCUGUGGUUUGGAUAGGGAGAGAGGGGGUUGACUGGGGGAGAUAAAAAGGUUAAAUAGCCUGUGUUUGGGAAGGGAGAAAGGGGUCUGUGUAGGUGGAGAGUGGGCGAAUGUCUCCAUGGUUGGCUGAUUGGAGUGCGUGG